ACGCCCCUCGCCCCCGGAUCCCCGAAAUGCUGUGGCGAGUAGGGGGCCGCCUCUGGCUCCGGUCCUUCUCCACCGGACCGGUUUAUUAUCAAAACAGGCUGAAGUUGGCACUCAUAGGACAGAGCCUCUUUGGCCAAGAAGUCUACAACAACCUCCGGAAAGAAGGCCAUAAAAUAGUUGGAGUGUUCACCAUUCCAGACAAGGAUGGAAAGGCCGAUCCUUUGGCUUUGGCUGCUGAAAAAGAUGGGACUCCAGUAUUCAAGUUUCCAAGAUGGCGAGUCAAGGGCAAACCCAUUCAGGAUGUCCUAGAAGCCUAUAGCGCCGUCGGAGCUGAGCUGAAUGUGCUUCCCUUCUGCACCCAGUUCAUCCCCAUGGAUGUUAUUGAUUACCCAAAGCAUGGCUCUAUUAUAUAUCACCCAUCCAUCCUUCCCCGUCACAGAGGAGCUUCUGCUAUCAACUGGACUUUAAUUCAUGGAGAUAAAAAGGCCGGGUUUUCUGUUUUCUGGGCUGAUGAUGGGUUGGACACUGGGCCCAUUCUCCUGCAAAGGGAGUGUGCUGUUGAGCCAAAUGACACUGUGGAUGUUCUUUAUAAUAGAUUUCUUUUCCCAGAAGGAAUCAAAGCUAUGGUAGAAGCUGUUCAGCUAAUUGCUGAUGGAAAAGCUCCUCACAUUCCUCAGUCAGAAGAAGGGGCAACCUAUGAAGGCAUCCAGAAAAAAGAAAAUGCUGAGAUUGCUUGGGACCAGCCAGCAGAAGUGUUACACAAUUGGAUACGAGGGCAUGAUAAAGUCCCUGGAGCUUGGACGAAGAUAGAUGGCCAGAUGGUUACUUUUUAUGGAUCUUCAUUGUUGAAUAGUGCUGUGCCUUCUGGAGAACCACUGGAAAUCGAAGGAGCCAAGAAACCAGGCCUGGUUACCAAAAAUGGACUAGUUCUGUUUGGUAAUGAUGGGAAAAUGCUAAUGGUGAGAAAUCUUCAGUUUGAAGAUGGAAAAAUGAUUCCUGCCUCUAAAUACUUCUCAGCUGGUGAGACAUCUGCAGUAGAACUUACAGAAGAGGAGAUGAAAGUGGCAGAGAAAAUCAAGGCCAUUUGGGCUGGAAUAUUGAGCAAUGUCCCUGCCAUUGAGGGCUCUACAGACUUCUUCAAAUCAGGAGCCUCCUCUAUGGAUGUUGUUAGGAUGGUUGAAGAGAUCAAACAGCAAUGUGGAGGACUUCAGCUACAAAAUGAAGAUGUGUAUAUGUCCACCAAGUUUGACGAUUUCAUUCAAAUGGUAGUAAGGAAACUGAGGGGAGAGGAUAAAGAGGAAGAACUGGUGGUUGAUUAUGUUUCAAAGGAAAUCAAUAAUAUGACGGUGAAGAUGCCCUAUCAAUGUUUCAUUAAUGGACAGUUCGUGGAUGCUGAGGAAGGAAAAACAUACGAUACUGUCAACCCAACAGAUGGGUCUGCAAUAUGUAAAGUAGCUUACGCUUCAGUGGCUGACGUGGACAAGGCAGUGGCUGCUGCUAAUGAUGCCUUUGAAAAUGGAGAGUGGGGAAGAAUGAAUGCAAGAGAAAGGGGGAGAUUAUUGUACAGACUUGCGGACUUGCUGGAAGAAAAUCAGGAAGAGUUAGCGACCAUUGAAGCUAUUGAUUCAGGAGCUGUAUAUACUUUAGCCUUGAAGACACAUAUAGGAAUGUCUGUGCAGACAUUCAGAUAUUUUGCAGGGUGGUGUGAUAAAAUUCAGGGUUCUACCAUCCCAAUCAACCAGGCACGUCCAAAUCGUAAUUUAACAUUCACCAAAAAGGAACCCCUGGGUGUCUGUGCCAUUAUCAUUCCCUGGAAUUACCCCCUGAUGAUGCUAGCCUGGAAGAGUGCAGCGUGCUUGGCAGCAGGCAACACUUUAGUUCUCAAGCCAGCACAGGUCACUCCUUUGACUGCUUUAAAGUUUGCCGAACUUUCAGCAAAAGCAGGCUUUCCAAAGGGAGUUAUAAACAUCAUUCCUGGCUCAGGGGGCCUGGUGGGCCAGCGCCUUUCAGAACACCCUGAUAUUCGCAAGCUUGGCUUUACUGGUUCCACUCCCAUUGGCAAACAGAUCAUGAAGAGCUGUGCUGUAAGUAACUUGAAGAAAGUUUCUCUUGAGCUUGGAGGCAAAUCUCCACUAAUAAUAUUCAGUGAUUGUGAACUUGACAAGGCUGUGAGGAUGGGCAUGGGAGCAGUGUACUUCAACAAAGGAGAGAACUGCAUUGCAGCUGGACGGUUGUUUGUGGAAGAAGCUAUUCAUGAUGAAUUUGUUAAGAGAGUGGUGGAAGAAAUCAAAAAGAUGAAAAUUGGUGACCCACUUGACCGGUCCACUGAUCACGGCCCACAGAAUCACAAGGCCCAUUUGGAAAAACUUCUGGAAUACUGUGAAACUGGAGUGAAAGAGGGAGCCACGUUAGUGUAUGGGGGUAGGCAAGUCUUGAGGCCAGGCUUUUUUAUGGAACCCACUGUGUUCACAGAUGUUGAAGACCACAUGUAUCUUGCCCGAGAAGAGUCCUUUGGGCCUAUUAUGGUCAUUUCUAAAUUUAAAGAUGGGGAUAUCGAUGAUGUGUUGCAAAGAGCAAAUAAUACUGAAUAUGGUCUGGCUUCAGGAGUUUUCACCAAAGACAUAAACAAAGCUAUGUAUGUUAGUGAAAAGCUGGAAGCUGGCACAGUCUUCAUUAACACCUACAAUAAGACUGAUGUGGCCGCCCCCUUCGGUGGAGUCAAACAAUCCGGCUUCGGAAAAGAUUUGGGUGAGGAAGCUCUUCACGAGUACCUUAGAACUAAAGCGGUAACUCUGGAAUAUUAGAGCAGCUGACUAGACUCUGUCUUUCAUAAGUGUACCCUUCAAACCGACAGCCUUCAUUUCUUUUGCUCACCUCUGUGCACUUGUUAAAUGCCUCCAAGGUUGUUCUACCUGAAUCAAUGCAACCAACUAGCAAAAAAAUUGCAAUUUUUCUAUGGAUAAGGUUCUAGUCAUUUGCACAGGUACGUGCCCGAUCCUGUUUUUCCAAUCGACAUUUUACAUGAUUAAUUUACACCUAAUAACCUAACUUGUCGUACUGGGUUUCUACUGGGAUGCGCAUUAAAGAUUUUUUUUUAAA